AUGCUUUUCUCCAAUGGAGCUUUAGUCGAUCAUGCCCAUCACAUUAAUUCUCACUUCUCUCCCAACUUCUUGCAUGGUGAUUCGGGAAGAAAAGGCAAGAAAGAAGAGAGUGGAUCGAAGAGAAAAAGAAAGAGGUCGGAGGAGGAAGAAACCAUGACCAUCGAAGAUGAUAUUCAUCAGAAGCCAAGGGAUGUUGUUCAUGUCCGAGCUAAGAGAGGCCAAGCUACUGAUAGCCACAGCUUGGCUGAAAGGGUACGAAGAGAGAAGAUAAAUGAAAGGCUGAAAAGCCUACAAGACCUUGUUCCGGGCUGCUACAAGACAAUGGGAAUGGCAGUGAUGCUUGAAGUAAUCAUAGAAUACGUUCGAUCACUGCAGAAUCAAAUCGAGUUUCUGUCCAUGAAACUCUCCGCCGCCAGUGCGUACUACGACCUUAAUUCGUUGGAUAUUGAGCCAACGGAUAUAUUUCAGGGAGACGCAGAAGAGAUGGAAAGCAUUUUAAGAGAGAGUGUUGGAACACAGCCUCCAAGUUUCAGUUCAACAUUUCCCUUCUGA